AUGCAUGCUGUAGUUAAGGGGUUAGCUUAUUUGGUUACCUUCUUCCAUCCUUCCUUCCUUCCAUCUUCUCUCACACUCGCACACAGAGAAGCAGAAAGGGUUUUAGGGUUUUACAAUGGAUAGAUACCAAAAAGUAGAAAAACCGAAGCCAGAAUCACCCAUAAAUGAGUACGAGAUUCGAAUCACUUCACAGGGUUUUGUUCGAAACUACAUCAACUAUGCUAAUACUCUUCUUCAGGAGAGGCAUGGGAAAGAGAUUGUCUUGAAAGCAAUGGGUCAGGCAAUUAGCAAAGCAGUUGCUAUAGCGGAGAUCAUCAAGAGAAGAGUGCCUAUACUUCAUCAAGACACUGCUAUCAGCUCAGUAAGCAUAACAGAUGUAUGGGAGCCAAUUGAAGAGGGUCUUUUGCCUGUGGAGCAGACCCGCCAUGUUUCAGUGAUUUCAAUCACGUUGUCAACACAAGAGCUGAACAACAAUUCCCCUGGGUAUCAAGCUCCUUCUGAGGUUGAACAGAUGAAGCCACAGUAUAAUAAUUACCAGCCCCAGCUGCAGCAACAGUCUCCAAGACAAACACGUGGAGUCUAUUAUGCUGGUAAUGAAGAUUCAUAUGGGCGAGGACGAGGUCGUGGUAUAGGGAGGGGACGUGGUUGGAGCAGAGGUGGAUAUGGAAACUAUCAAGAAAAUGGUGAUUACUCAAACUGGGGUCGAGAAAAUGAUGGUUACUCAAACCGGGGUCGAGAAAAUGGUGGUAUCUCAAACCGGGGCCGAGGAAAUGGUGGUUACUCAAACAGGGGCCGAGGAAAUGGUGGUUACUCAAACCGGGGCCGAGGAAAUGGUGGUUACUCAAACUGGGGCGGAGAAAAUGGUGGUUACUCAAACUGGGGCGGAGGAAAUGGUGGUUACUCAAACAGGGGCCGAGGAAAUGGUGGUUACUCAAACAGGGGCGGAGAAAAUGGUGGUUACUCAAACAGGGGCCAAGGAAAUGGUGGUUACUCAAAUAGGGGCGGAGAAAAUGGUGGUUACUCAAACAGGGGCCAAGGAAAUGGUGGUUACUCAAACUGGGGCGGGGAAAAUGGUGGUUACUCAAACAGGGGCAGAGGAAAUGGUGGUUACUCAAACUGGGGCCGAGGUGGAUGGGAAGGUCGUGACUCUGGAUAUGAAGGAGGCAGAGGUUAUGGACGCGGACGUGGACGCAUGGACCUCCGUCCUCAAGGUGGUGGCAACCAGGCUUAGUAGGGGAUUGGCACAUUGUGUUUUUGCACAGAUGCCUUGGUUUAGUAGUUAUUAUGUCCAAAGUAGGUCUAAAGAAAGAAAAGCAUGAAAUUGUGGGUUGUUUCAUAUGCAGUGAUUUUAUUGUUUUUCAGCAUCGUGGAAUGUGGAAAAGCUUAUAUCCUCUAUUUGCUUUAAUGAAGCCAAAGUCAAGUAGCCAAUUUCUCACAAAGUAUUUAUCGUUGCUGUAUAUGUAUAUCUUAAUUUUUUUCCC